GCAGUACAGUAAAUACUAUGAGCUCUGCCUCUCUCUCGCGCUGCAGCGAUCACAGCGGAGGAGGAAAAAAAAAAAGACGAUGAGCUAUAAAACCGAUCGUCGGUGCUGAGGAAUUGUUUUGUCGGUGACUCUCCCGCUGAGGCUCACGCUGUCCGGAGGUUUGUGUUGUGGUCGAGGGGGUAUCUGUGUCAGAGGUAGGGGGACACGCGGAGGGCAGUCGGCCUCACUGCAGUGUGAUUCACCGGAGACUCGCCCCACAGCCCUCGCAGUCAGCGCCGCCGCCGCCGCCUCUUCAUCGACGCCGUUGGCCCGUCACACGGUCGCAUCCUCUCGGCCCGUGUUUGGCCCCUCUGCCGCGGCCCCUGUGUGCGCUGCUCGGCGGAGCAUGUUCAAUAAUGAGCCAACGGGACACACUGGUUCAUUUGUUCGCCGGAGGAUGUGGAGGUACUGUGGGUGCUAUUUUGACUUGUCCCCUGGAAGUGGUGAAAACCAGACUACAGUCCUCCUCCGUCACCCUCUACAUCUCUGAAGUGCAGCUCAACACCGUCAAUGGAGCCAGUGUGGCCCGUGUCACUCCGCCAGGGCCUCUGCACUGUCUCAAGUUAAUUAUAGAAAAAGAAGGGCCCCGUUCACUCUUCAGAGGACUGGGACCCAACCUUGUAGGUGUGGCACCUUCCAGGGCGAUCUACUUUGCGGCCUAUUCAACAGCCAAGGAGAAGCUGAAUGGGGUGCUGGAGCCAGACUCUACCCAGGUGCACAUGGUGUCUGCUGGGUUGGCAGGGUUCACCGCCAUCACAGCCACCAACCCCAUCUGGCUGAUAAAGACGCGUCUUCAGCUGGAUGCCAGAAACCGGGGUGAGCGGCAAAUGAAUGCGUUUGAUUGCGUGCGGCGGGUGUACCAGAUGGAUGGGCUGCGAGGCUUUUACCGGGGCAUGUCAGCCUCAUACGCUGGCAUCUCAGAGACUGUUAUCCAUUUUGUCAUCUAUGAGAGCAUCAAACGUAAACUGCUGGAGUACAAGGCCCAAACCAGCAUGGACGAAGAGGAAGAGUCGGUCAAAGAUGCCUCAGACUUUGUGGGCAUGAUGCUCGCUGCAGCCACCUCCAAGACCUGUGCCACCUCCAUAGCCUACCCUCAUGAAGUGAUACGAACACGGCUACGAGAAGAGGGCAGCAAGUAUCGCUCCUUCUUCCAAACUCUGCUCACGGUACCAAAGGAGGAGGGAUACCGGGCGCUGUACCGCGGCCUGACCACCCACCUCGUCAGACAAAUCCCCAACACUGCCAUCAUGAUGUGCACCUAUGAGGUGGUACUGUACCUGUUGGGCCGUUAGCCACCAGGCACGUGUCCUUCCUGUUUAAAGAGGGAGACGGUUUGCAAAUGACUGAGAAGGAUGCCCUUUGGCAAAAUGAAGACCAAAGGAAAACCGAAGAAACUCUAGUGGACCAGGAGAGGACACGUGGAAAUCACAUGAAGACCAAGGCUGGGAAAGAAAAUAGUUAUCAUAUCAGCAUUACCACCCCCCAGUUCCCUUCAUCCGGCUGCUGGAACAGAUAGAGGGCGCCAUAGGUUACAGAAGCAGUAAUAAGGGUGGGGACAAGAGAGGAAAGGACACAGACAAAAACACAAGGUACCUCUGAAGGAAAAGAAUUGCGCACAUUUCAGUGGCCUUAACAGAAAAGUGUUUUAGCUUGCUUCCUUUUAAGUGAAGGAUCAAAAACAGUUCCUCACUUUCAUAGAGAUAUUGGGGGAAACUGAACUUGACAGGAAAGAUGGUUACUAAAUAUACUGUUGGUCAGUUUCAAGAGUAUCUCCGGGUGCAGACAAACUGUCUGCCCUCGCUUCAGUGCUGUAAGACUACUGUAUGAUGAGAUAGCUGGCAGUUGAGGAAUGUUCAUUUAAGGUUGAAUGUGAGAAACAAAGACGUCACUGUUUUCAAGUCACCGAAACCCACUAAUUUUUGCACUACAGAAAGUGUGGCUUCAAGCAUUCCCCUCACAAACGGCACUGCCCCUCCCCUCCCCUCACGCCUUGUGACGUCCACAGACUCUAGCUAGUGUUUAUGAAGAGUAGCUUGAAAAGCUGACUUUCAUUCAGUGUUUGAUUCCUCUAUAGCGUUGACGGUUUGUUAAAAGCUGAACAGAGAUCAAAUACCCGACCAGCUGCGUCCUGCGCACAGUCGCUGCACAGGACUUAAAAAAUAACUUGUGUGAAAGUACAAGAGCGUUGUGUCCUUUGUGAGGUGUGUGAGUGUCCAGAAGGCAACGAUACUAAGUAACUACAUUUAGAGUGUGGCUUACUUGAAUAUAAUGUGACGUGUCGGGGAAACGCUUGGAGUGGGAGAAUAUUUAUGGGGUUUCAUCUGUGAGUUUAACACAUUAGUCACUUUCACGCUCAUGACUGUGUGCGUGUAUGUGUUUGUGCAACUGCAGUCGUGUGUGUGCCUGCAUGUAUAAUAAAUAUCUACUCCAGAUUUCCCUCCUCUAAUUAUAAAACUCGCAAGACUGAGUGUAGAGAAGCUCCCCUGCGACACCGGGAGCCUUCGUUCCCACUCUCCUGCCAGUCCUUCCUUCCAGUGGCUUCCAUCUGACCUGAUAACAUGCACUUUUGUGGCCUUUUAGGGGCUUGUGCUUUGCAUUUUAUUGUGUGGACAGUUUUAACUUGUACAUUGUAAAAGAAGGAAGAAAAAAAAAGUAUUGCUGUAUAUCAAAAUGGUAUUUUGCGCAACUGUUCUUAUAGCAGAUAUAUUUUACAGUUUAGAGUUGUCAGUAGUUGUGAAGGAUGUCCAAAUGUGUUUAUAUAAUAUAGAUAAUGUAUAUUCAUAUUAUAUAUUGUUUUUUUAGGUCCAUGUAUGAUUUUCAUUUUUGUGCAAUUUAACCUCGUUUUGACAUGGACUGUUGACAUGAAUAUUGACAUUGCGUGACUUUUUCUUUUUUUUUUUUUAAGUACAUUUUUUUGUUUUUUGUUUGUUUUUCUGCACUUGCAUAUUGCUGUGAGCUGCCAUUCAAAACAUUUGCUUGUACAUGAAAGCUAAGAAAAGCUGCAGCACAAAUACGUCUCGUCAACAGUUGUGCUGCAGCGUUGAUUAGUUAUUUUACAGCGUUCAUUAAAAGUGUUCCAUUUCGCAACGUUUGGAUGUUUCUGUAACGUGUUUACAUAGUUGUAUAGUGUCUGACAAGAGUAUUUUCGGAUCUCAUAGCAACAUGUUUGAUUAUCCAAUUGGAAGUGUUUUAAUUUGAGAGUUCAAAAAACUGGAAUGUGUGCAAGGUACCUCAGCUUAGAGUGGAUUGUUCAAGACUGAAUCCGAGAGAUCCAGAAAUUGCUCAUUUUCUCUGUUACUGAAUAGGGUUGUGGGCACGGGACAGUAAAUGUACAAUUCAAGCGAUCUCCAAAACGUUUGAUGAUAAUUUUUUGAUCUCAUAAACCUGAUAAUGGUGUUCCUUGAUUACGAUUGGCUGUUUGAAGUUAUCUAUUGUUCUGAAAUCCCUGUAAACCGCUGCCAUUUGGGACGAAUCUGCGUGUCAUGUAAAACAUGUAAAAUCCUGUCUCAGUGCACACUCAAUCUUCAAUGGAAAAUUAGAAAAUUCACACCUUUUCAUGUUUUAAAAUAUUUAUUUUACCAGUUACAGAAAACAUGAUGUUCUUGAACGCUCUCAUUUUUCCUCCUCCUUGCAGUAUUAUGUCGGAGGCUAACCGAGGUGCUGUAACUCGUAAUAGUUAUUGAUUUCCAGUCUCCGGUGACUUGUUGCGACUCCUGAGUUGAUGUUGGUGCUUGAGAAAAAUUGCUGACUCACUUUAACGUCCACGCUUUGCUAUAAAACACUAAUGGCUUUUUAUGUCUUCAGCUCCAUCGCAGUAACACUUGAGGCCAAACUACCAAAAUGUGACAUGAACAGACAACUGGACAUUUCAUUAAUUUUUUUGUUUUAACCUAAUUUCAGUGUCUGUAUGCAACUCAGUCUCUUCAGGCUGUAGACAGGAUGCAGCCUCGUGCAGGGUCUAAUGAAACCUGGAAGAUUUGUUUUUGCCAGCUCAGUUGUUGAUGUGUUUUUGUUUGUUUGUUUUCAAAGACAAAAGUAAAUAAAAUCCAUUUUCAACUAUA